UAACACGUUCUAUUUGGACAAUAAAAUAAAAAUUACAGAAUGGAUAAGGAAGUAGUUGGGAAGAGGUCGUCCGGCAUAGCAAGCCACAUCUACCCCAAGCGGUUGCCCCAAAUGAAGGCAGGGCCUAUUACGGACGAAAUGGGAUUCACUCUCAGCGAAAGAUUGGCCCUCAGACAGGCGUGGAAUUUAAUCAGGCCCUUCGAACGGCGCUACGGAGGGGAUAUAUUCUAUGGCUUCUUGAAUGAUGUGUAUUGGGGAAUUAACAAGUUCAAAGACAACGGAAAGCUCAACAUGAAGGCCCUGCACACGCAUGCUUUGCGGUUUUUCCACUUUAUUGGUCUACUGAUCGAGGAGAAGGAUCCGGUAGUGUUCCAGCUGAUGAUAAAUGAAAACAAUCUUACCCACAGCCGCUGCAAGGUGGGAUCAGAUUACAUUGUGAAUCUGGCCGAUGCCCUAGUGGACUAUGUGCUGCAGGUGUUCCAUGAGAUCAGCUCGCCAACACUAGAACGAGGCUUCAGGAAGAUCGUCGAGAAGUUGAUGAGCAGCACGGACCAACAGCCGAUUAACACCUCCUAG